GCUCACAACUCAUCCAGAACCGAACAAACAUGAUUGCACUGGGUGGUGUUUUUGGCUGCAGCACAGAGUUUCCAUCCUCAGACAGAAAAGACGACAAACUCCAUCAAGUUACACAAUUAGAAGCAGGAUCACAAUCGAAAUGCAGAGGACCAUCUGUUAAACUCCUGCACGGUCCAGAAAGACAGAAGAUUGUUCACAUGUGCCGAUGGAUCCGGUGGUUCUGUAGGACCUGAGCUCGGAUCUUGGCUCGAUGGCGGCAGGCGGUGGCAACGUCAGAGCUUCCCGCUCUGGAUGGGUGGCGUUCAGCGAUGAACCGGUGCACACAGGGGAACACGCAGACAUGGGUGUGUCCCGUCCUGUAUCCGACUCUGCAUCUUGGGAAAUCUCAGUUUGUGACCCUGAUGUGCAGCAGCGCAGUAGCUGGGUGCACUUUGAUGAGAAACCCUGGACCCCAUCACCUCCACUUCCUCCUUCACACCCACCCUCGCAGGUAAAAGGCCCCAGACACAGCGUGUGUUCCUCGGCCAGUUUCUGGAGCUCGGCUCCUGCCUCCGAAGGAGCGCCGUCUGAGGAGCUGAGCUCGGCGAGCAUGGACGCCUCGUCAUGUGACCUCCCGUCUCUCAGCACAGAGGACCCUCCGAGUCACGGCACGUCACCUCCACACUCAGCACAUUCAUCUGUAUGCCUCGAGGACGAGGGUGUAAACAUGGAUACGCUCAACUGGACGACGGACGUCUCUCAUACGAACGGCCAAUCGAAUGCCGGCAUGAGCCGCUUUGCCAGUUGGGUGACGUUUGACGACGACGACGACGACGACGUGAAGGAGCCAGCCCACCAUCCCGCCCCCAAACCAUCCUCCGUUAGGAUUGGCAACCUGAACAGUUUUAGUUUACAGGACACCAACAGCAACUUGAUUGUGUCCUCCGUCCAAAACCGGAGUUCAGACAGACACAUUCUGGAUUUAACUCCAGACAGAACGGAUUCUGUGUUCUUCGAAAGCCCGCUGUUAAACAGCAGCACACCUUACACCAAGAAGAAUCCCUUUCUCCAUGAGGAUUUUUCAAACAUUUCACCCUCUUCUAUUAACCCCUUCAGCGCCUAUUUUAGUAAGACGGCGCACACGUCGUCCGACAGCCACGAAACCCAGGGGACACGUUCUGUCUUAUUUGAUUCUUCUCUCCCUAAUCCUGACACCCAAAGGGACUCCACCCUUUUCUUUUCCACUGUGGAGGGUUCAGAUGGUGGGACUGGGUCUGGGACUACUUACCUCUCAGGUCAUCUUGGAGAUAGCCUGGAUCCAUUCAAAAGCUUGCAGAUCUCUGAUCCAGACCAGGAACCUUCGCUACCAGAUGACACUGUGGAUGCAGGGGAUGAGGAGGAAACUUCCUAUGUACCAUCUCACAUGGCUCCUCAAGAUGGCUGGCCCAUGCUCCUGCGCAUUCCAGAGAAGAAGAACAUCAUGUCCUCUCGGCACUGGGGGCCGAUCUUUGUAAGACUCAGCGAUGCCGGUCAGCUGAGGCUCUAUUAUGAGAAAGGUCUGGAGAAACACUUUAAGGAGUUCCAGCUCAGCACCCAGCUCGAGAUCUCCGAACACAAAAUGCAACACUAUGAGGAGAACGGCCGUGUCCAUACCCUCAGCUUGGACCAGGUGGUAUACAAGGAGAAGCGCAAGAUCCAGCCAAAAGUUAGCGUGGUUCACAUGCCUGUGAAGGAGCAGCUGGUAAAGCUUGGAACCACAGACUACCAGGAUUUUCUAAGCUUCAGGUACGCCUUGCAGGAAAAUCUGGCCGCGUUGUCGGCAGACGUGGACGCCAUCACCUCACCUGUGCCUUACUCUGAAGAGGAGAUGCAGGUGGAAGUUUUAGAUCUCUUUUACGGCGUUCUGUCCAAAGAAGACAACCAUAUUUUACAACAGCUGGUAACGACACGGAUUUCUGUGCUCGCCUUUUUAACAAGUUCAACCCCCUGCCGCAUAGGUCUCAACGACAUCCAGGUAAAAGGUAAAGAGGUGGUGUCACGGCAUGACAUCAUCCCCAACACCACCACGCGUUGGAUCCGUCUGCGUGACUGUCGGCUGCACAAGUGCGCAGACGAAUCAGAGUUUACAGAAUCCAGGACCAUCUCCUUUGAGCCUCCAUCUGGACGGAGAUUUGAUCUUCUGCGUUUCCGGACAGCGUACGCCGAGAAGACGCUGCCCUUCACCUUGAGAACGGUCGUCAGUGUCCGAGGCGCGGAGGUGGAGCUACAGUCCUGGCUAGUGAUGUCAACAGGCUUCUUGUCCAAUAGAGACCCUCUAACGCUGAUCCCCUGCGAAAACAUUGCAAUCCGUUACCCCAUUCCCGAAACAUGGGCAAAGAACUUCCGCAGAGAGAGUGUGACGGGAGAAAAGUCACUGAAGGCACGCUUUAAUAAAGGAGCCAGCUUUGGUUCUAUAAGCACAUCAGGGUCAGAACCAGCGAUGAGGGUCACUCUGGGUACCGCAAAGUACGAACAAGCCUUCAGAGCCGUGGUGUGGAGAAUCAGCCGCCUGCCGGAUAAAAACUCAGCAUUGGGUCACCCUCACACCUUCUUCUGCCAUUUGGAGCUGGGAUCUGACCGGGAAGUGCCAAACAAGUUCCAGAGUGUGUUGGAGGUGGAGUUCGACAUGCCCGCCGCUUCAGCCUCGAAGACCACCGUCCGCUCUCUGUCUGUCCGAGACCGGGCCGAACUGAAGAAGUGGAUCACUUACAAAGCGCAUUACUCCUACCAGGUGGAGAUCGAGCAGAAGAACGAGGGCGUGAUGGAGCACCAGGAUCAGGACCAUGUGACUCCGUGCGCUCAGCAGUGAUGACGGACCGCUCCUCCUUUAUUUGGGAUAAAAGUUGCACUUUGAAUGAUGGGAAACACUGAAAGACACCUUUUUUAUUUGUUAUAAUAAUAAAAAAAAAAAAAGAGAUGAGGAUUUUUUGUACGUUUGGUAUAAAUGACUUUAGACACUUUGGAACGAACCACAUCUGAAAACGAGACGACGAUUUGUAGGUGUUACAGCAACAACAACCAGUUACUCAAACCUUCGCUUCAGGACCAUCGAAAAAUUGCACAACAAUGUCAAGACGAGAACUUUUACAGUUUUAAACAAAAAAAAAAAGCUAAAUGCAUGUUUUACACAAUCGCAUUAAGUUAAGGAUCGCUGAACUAACACUGUACUGAAGAUCGCACAAAACGUCAUCAAACACGUUUUUAGAUCAGUUUAUAUAAUACGUCACAAUGUUUUGGCCCUUAUUUCACAGGGAACCUUGAUGUAAAGUGUUUGUGGAUUUCGUUACCUGCCCCUCAGGUGUUUGUGCACUACUGUGUGAAUUACAAGGGGAAAAAAAACACGCUGAAUGAACGAGCUUCACUUUGUGGUGUAAAUAAUGAACUGAUUAAAUGAAUCCCAGAACUUACCAGCCUUUUUUUUUUUUUUUGACGAAGCUGAACGACGCCGUCACGAUCGGCUCCUGCAGUCGAAACCGUUUGGUCCGAAAGCAGCAGCGAGGAAACGGAGGAAGGAAUUCGGGUUGAUUUCCAGAAGAAAAAAAAAUAAAAAAAUAUCUGGUUAAACUUGAACUCCAGAUUCCAGAUUAUUCUGGUCAUCACUUCCUAUCAGGGUCGGUGGGGGGGAAAAAAACCUGGACAAAUAUUAAAUCAGAUAUUAAAUAAAAGUUACAACGAUAAACGUUCCUAUAAACGGAUAAAAAUCACAGUUUAUUAAUAAGUAAAAGUUUGUUGAACUUAAAGGAAUGAAAGUUUUGGGACUUCACACUAAUAAUCACUUAAACUAGUGCUGGUUAAAGGAAGACGAUUUUUUUUCUCCGUUUCUUUAUUUUUUUUUUACAUGAUUUUUUUUUUUUAUAGAAGAAAAAUCAAGAACAUAAAAUUGUGGACAUUUUGUUGUUCAGACAGAAUUUAAAUUCAUGUCUGAAAGCUUUUUUUUUUUCCCCUGGUGUUAACGUCAGCACUGAUUUCAGAGGGAAUAAAAAUCUACUGUAUUGUUUAUUGUAAUCUUUUUUUUUUUUUUUUUACUAACAUCUAUAAAAUGUUUAAGAUCUCUGGGAGUUUUGCACUAUUUGACUUUAGUGUUUUUUUUAAUGAUUGAUUUUUUAGGGUACAGUAACUGCAGUGUUUUGUUUUUCUUCUUCUUCUCUUUCCCAUUGUGGAAUUUUUAUUUUUCUUGCAAUGCCACGUGACGUCUGAAAUUUUCUUCCUGUACGAUUUUUUUUGAUCCCAAUUAUUCAACAUUUCAGUUUUGUUUGUGCGUCUAAACUGAAGCUUAAAAUUAAGUUUUAUUAUUGCAGGAGAGAUCGAAUAAAAUUAAAGAAAUAAAAGUUACAGAC